GCCAGGUUAGAACUCGGUGGUAGUCUGAAGAGUUAUGCAUCAUCACGCAUCCAAUCCGGAUGCUGGAUUCAGGACGUGACAGAUAAAGAGUUAAUUGAUCGAGUUUUGCCAGAAUUCAGCAUCGUGCAUCCCUCCCUUCAUGGAGGUUAAUUGGUUGUUGCCAGCAGUAGUGGGUACAAGAGGUAUCUUUCACAAGAGAGUGACCUUUCCAUCUUCACAAAUCUCCUCUCCAGGCUCAAUAUAGCAUUUAGCUCAGCGUUCUCUCUCGUGGCCACCACCUCCCGUCAUUAUUCCUAAGAGAGAAAAGGGAGCAGGGGAAGAGAUCAUGGAGAAGCCAAGCCUGGAGGCCCCUCUGGUCCCAAGCACUAAGGAAAGGGGGGAGGUCUUAGCUGAGGUCAAGAGGCAGCUGUGGCUAUCAGGGCCUCUGAUUACAGCAAAUUUGUUGCAAUACAUCAUCCAAGUGAUAUCUGUGAUGUUUGUUGGCCAUCUUGGAGAGCUUGCUCUUGCUGGUGCCUCCAUGGCCAUUUCCUUCGCUGGGGUCACUGGUUUCAGUGUGUUGAUGGGAUUUGGAAGCACAUUAGACACCUUGUGUGGACAGUCAUUUGGUGCAAAACAAUACAACAUGCUAGGGAUCCAUAUGCAAAGGGCUAUGCUUGUUGUUACACUCCUCAGCGUCCCAAUUGCCAUCAUCUGGGCUUACACAACUCAAAUUCUUAUGGCAUGCGCACAAGACCCAGAAAUAUCAAUGGAAGCUGGAUUUUAUGCUCGUUGGAUGAUUCCAAUCCUAUUUGCAUAUGGCCUGCUACAAUGCCAUAUUAAGUUCUUACAGACCCAAAACAUUGUUCUCCCAAUAAUGCUAAGCUCAGGGGUCACAACUUUGCUGCACAUUCUUGUUUGUUGGAUAUUGGUAUUCAAAUCUGGCCUUGGUAGCAAAGGUGCUGCUUUGGCAAAUGCUAUCUCUUACUGGUUCAAUGUGUUCCUAUUGGCACUUUAUGUCAGGUUAUCUCCUGUCUGCAAAAGGACAUGGACUGGCCUUUCGAGUGAGGCCUUUCAUGGCAUCUUCAACUUCAUUAAACUAGCUGUUCCACCAGCUGUUAUGGUUUGCUUGGUAUUCUGGUCAUUUGAGUUGCUUGUGCUUGUUUCUGGUCUUCUUCCAAAUCCGAAGCUUGAAACAUCAGUGAUGUCAAUAAUGCUUAACAUUAGUUCAUUGCUCUUCAUGAUCCCCUUUGGCCUUGGUGCUGCUGCAAGUACACGUGUUUCAAAUGAACUAGGUGCUGGGCGCCCACAGGCUGCUUACCUGGGAGUAUGCAUUGCUGUAUUCAUGGCCAUUACGCAAGGCUUGGUGGUGGGAUUGAUCAUUGUUUUGGUUCGAAAAUUUUGGGGAUAUGCAUACAGCAAUGAAGAGGAAGUGGUGAAUUAUGUGGAUGCUAUGAUGCCAAUUCUAGCAGUUGCUAAUCUUUUAGAUGGAAUCCAGUGCGUGCUUUCAGAUCUCAGGUUAAGAAAUGUCUCAACAUGUAGGAAUUGCUAGAGGAUGUGGUUGGCAGAAGAUUGGUGCUUAUAUUAACCUUGGAGCUCAUUAUAUUGUGGGCAUGCCAUCUUCUGUUCUUUUAGCUCUUGUCUUUCACUUUGGAGGAAAGGGUCUUUGGGUGGGACUCAUAUGUGGCC